AUGACCCUAGACGACCACAACAUCAGCAGCUGUCGUUUCGCCUCGUGCAACACCUCGUUCGCCUCAGAUCGCGACGGGGACGGCGGAGAUCAGGCCCUGAAAAUCCAACGGUCAGGAACGUCCCCUGUGAUGGAGGGGGAAGAAGCGGAGGGCAACCAGAAAAUUAGGGUUUCUGCUGCCGUUACUAGCGAAAUGAUAGAAGAUCCUGUAGCAAAAAGUCUUUCCGAUUCGAGACGGGACAGCAGCGGCAGCAGCCAUGAAGAGCUCGUACGCGAUGCCAACGCUUCGCUACCAGAGCUGUUGCGCGCCUGCUCGCGCCACCCCCGGCGGCAGGCGGACGCCGUCCUGCCCGCCCUCUCGCGCCUGCUGGACCUCCAAGCGCGCCUCACAGCCGCGCGCGCCCCCCUGGGGGGAGCCCCGCGCGCAGAAGGGGAAACUGAGAGAGUCGAGGGGACUGAGGGCGCGGAAGAGAGUGCAGGAGGGGGAGGGGGGAGGGGUGAGGCUGGUAGGGAAGGAGGGGGAGGUGCAGCAGCAGAGGAAACGUCACUAGUGGCAGCACCAGCAGCGCCACCAGAGUUGUCACCGUGGCAGCAGCUGGAGGAGCAACUUUCUUUGGACGAACCAGGUAAAAGCCUAGCAAGUGAAACUGGUCAAACCAGUCAAACCGGUCAAACUGAGUUGGCCAGUCAAGCAAGUCAAACCGCCGAAGGCUCCCUACAGGAGAUUCAAACCCUCCUUUCCCGCAUAGACGCACCACUCUCCCACGCGCUAGACCUGCUCGAGCAAGAAUUCACAACCGUCCUAUCCAAUUCCAACAGAAAGCUCAACCUCCACAUUCUUAAAGCCGCACUUCACAUGCAAAACCUCGCGAUUCUCCCCAGCCCGAGAACCCGGGGAGGAGGAGGGGCGGGAGCAGGUGCAGGUGGGAGCGCGGCAGGUUUCGGGGCAGGGGCAGGAGGGAACCGCCGGGGGGGGUCGUUUUCGGUUACGGGGAAUCUGUUCUCUAAGGGUUUGGGAGGGGACGGGGGAGAAGGGAGUGGGGGAGGGAAGUAUACCCCAUCUGGGGCUAGGCCACCCCCCUCGCCUUCCUCCCCUGCUAACAAGCAGCAUGGGAGAGCCGCGAGCCAGUUUCUGUUCGACGAUCCGAUGCUGAUUGAGUACAACGCGUCGCUGUCUGCCCGAGCCUCCUCGCCGCUAGGCUCAGGCCGAGCCUCAGGGACAGGUUCGGAAGGUGGGGUGGCGGGCGGUGGGGGGAGUGUGGGGACGAGUGGGGGCCCUGGUCCGUCUCUGUUGUCCCCCAUGGGUGGUGGGACUGGGUCAUCUCUUUUGUCUCCUGUGGGGUGUUCUACCCCUCAAUCCACGCUCUCUGAUGCUGUGCUGACGGCUACUGCUAGCAGCAGCACGAACACGAGCAGCAGCAGCAUUGCUGCUGUGAGUGGCCCGUUGGAGACUUUGUUUAUUGGGUCGGAUGUGGCAGGAGCAGUGGGAGCAGCAGGUGCAGCUGCUGCUGUUGAUGGUGUUAGCAGCAUUGGCGUGGUUGAAGGAGGAGGGGGUGUGAUGAAAUCUCGAUCCGCCACCCAGCCAACCCUGCAGUGCUCCUCCUCCUUUCCUGUCCAACAAAACAAGCUCGGAAUCGUAUCGUCUAAUUCCUUAUCCCUGCCUCGCUCUGCUGCUGCUAGUGCUGUUGGGGAUGGAGACUCCACCGCUCCGCCCCCUAGAAUCACCAUUCCCCCAGUUUAUUCCGAUGGUGGGCGAGUGGGCGAGUGGGCGAGUGGGGGAGUGGGCGAGCAGGAGAGUAGGGCAGUGGGCGAGUGGGCGGAGUGGUUGCCGGUGGCAGAGGUGCCGUGGCUCAGCGACAAGGCGAGGCAGGCAACGGUGGCGAGUGCGGUGGAGAGUGUGAGCAUGAAAGAGUACACAGCAGAGGAGACGCAGGCCAUGGCGUGGGCGGAUCUAGAGCCGUUGAUCAAGCUGUGGAUCAGAGACAUCAGCAUCCUGCUGCGCGUUCUCUUCAUCUCCGAGCAUCAACUCAUCAGUGGGGUGGGGUCCUCGACGCCUCUCCAACCGAUUCCAUUUCUCACCUUCCCUUCAUUCCCUCCAACCCCUUAUCCCACUCGGUUCCCUUGUCCCCCAUGCUCUCCCCCACCAGCUGCACGUUCUCUUCAUUUCCGAGCAUCAACUCAUCAGUGGGGUGGGAUCCUCGACGCCUCUCCAACCCCAUCCCCUCCCUCACCCUCUCUCACCUCACCCUUGCGCGCUCUCCCUUGGCCCUCUUGCCCUCCUCCCUACCCCUGUGUUUCCCAUGCUUCCCCCCACCAGCUGCGAGCGCUGAAGGCGAAUGACAGCACGACCCACAGCACGUCCCAGAGCACACCUGAGAAUACACCUGAGGGAGCACCUGAGAGCCCACCUGAGAAUCCACCUGAGAGUACACCUGAGAGCAGCAGCAAGCGCACGGAGCAGGUUGCCCGGAAACCCGGGGAGCACCUGAUGAGUCCGGACAGCGUGUUUCGGCAUCUAGUGGGGUCGGUGGGCGGCGUGAAGUCGACCCUGUGUGCACUGUGUGCAAAUGCUGCAGCCAUUGCUGCGUCUAAGAGCGCCCCUGAGAAGAUUUUUGCCCUGCUGGAGGCAUACCGCACCGUGGCUGACCUCUCCCCACAGGCCCUUCCGGUCUUCCUCGCUCUCCGCAAGAGCGACUCAGACGAUCCCAUUCAAGCUCUGGCAGCGCCUGCCUCUCAUAUCCCCUGUCUCUCCCUGCUCUUUUGCCCCUUUUCUCUCUCCACCCCGCUUAAACAGGCCCUUCCCGUGUUCCUCGCCCGCCCCAAGAGCGAUUCAGACGAUCCCUUCAAGCUCUGGCAGUGCCUCUCGCAGCUCCUGUUUCCUCCCCCAUUCUUCCCCCUUUUCCCCCCUCCACACCUCCCCUUUUUCCCCGGUUCAGGCCCUGCCAGUGUUCCUCGCUCUCCCCAAGAGCGAUUCAGACGAUCCCUUCAAGCUCUGGCAGUGCCUCUCGCAGCUCCUGCCCUGCCGGUGUUCCUCGCUCUCCCCAAGAGCGAUUCAGACGAUCCAUUCAAGCUCUGGCAGCGCCUCUCGCAGCUCUUUGCCGGAGCCAUCUUUGCCACUCUCGACGACCUCAACCGCAUUCUCAGGGACGUUGCAGCGUUUGUGCCGGCCAACCAGGCGUCCGGUAGCUCGCCCAUGAAGAAGAAACUACUGAGUCUCUCGCAGCUCUUCGCCAGAGCCUUGUUUUCCCAAGAAGAAGAAGCAAACAAGGCGUCUGGAAACUCUCCCAUGAAGAAGAAGCUGCUCAGGCUGAGCCUCUCUCUUGCAGCUCGGGAACGUGGUGGCGGCGUUCGUGCCGGCCAACCAGGCCUUGGCAGCUCUCCCAUGAAGAAGAAGCUGCUCAGGCUGAUUCACUGGAAGUCCUCGGAGCAGAAAACAACCAACGAUGAAGAAGUGGAUAUUGGCGUGCAUAAAUGUUGCAACGAGGAUGAAGGAUGCACUGAAGCAGCAGGAUUGAGUCCCUCUGCUCCCAUCUCAUCCCCUCGUUUUGCUCUCUUCUUCCCUCUUCCACCCGCCAGUGUUGCAACGAGGAUGAAGGACGCACUGAAGCAGCAGGACCGCAUUGCAGCGUAUGAGGCAGCAUUCGAUAAGGCAGGCCUGGCAAAGCAGGACCGCAUUGCAGCGUAUGAGGCAGCAUUCGAUAAGGCAGGCCUUGCAAAGGUGAGUGCAUUCGAUAAGGCAGGCCUUGCAAAGGUGAGUGCAUUCGAUAAGGCAGGCCUUGCAAAGAUUAUGGGGCAAUCUUGGAUCAAGGCUCUCAUGGCGUGCUUGGCGUCUGAGGAGGUGUCUGCAAAGCUCAGCGCGGAUGCAGUCACUUCUCUCAUGGCGUGCUUGGCGCCUGAGGAGGUGUCUGCAAAGCUCAGCGCGGAUGCAGUCACUUCUCUCAUGGCGUGCUUGGCGCCUGAGGAGGUGUCUGCAAAGCUCAGCGCGGAUGCAGUCACUUCUCUCAUGGCGUGCUUGGCGCCUGAGGAGGUGUCUGCAAAGCUCAGCGCGGAUGCAGUCACUUCUCUCAUGGCGUGCUUGGCGCCUGAGGAGGUGUCUGCAAAGCUCAGCGCGGAUGCAGUCACUUCUCUCAUGGCGUGCUUGGCGCCUGAGGAGGUGUCUGCAAAGCUCAGCGCGGAUGCAGUCAAAUCCAGGCUAAAGAAGUUCAACUCAGCUUUUGAGGAGGUGGCGUUGGAGCAGAACCGUUGGAUCGUAAUCAGCGACUCGCAGAGGAAGAAGACGAGGAUUCGCUUCGCCCGCACGCUCAAGAACGCGUAUUUGGAGUUCCUCACACCUCACAGGGAAAUCAUAUCGGACAUAACAACCUAUCAGUGGUCGCCAGAUGGCAUCGAACGAUUGAUGCUCAAGUCUUUCUUCCUCGGCCGAAGCCUCCCUCUAAUCAUGACUGCUUGA